GUUUCUUGGUCUUCUGUAGUUAUUCUUGGCCCAAGUUGAAAACAAAAGAAAUAAUCGUUGUGGUCAUCAAGAUUUCAAGCAAGGGCUAUCUCCUAGUUUAGCUCGAUCAUUCUCUAUUUGUGCAGCAAAUCCACCUCUUUUGGCAUCGAGUAGUGCAAUGACUUGGUGAAUUGGGGUGGAGGGCAAAUCUCAUUUGGCAAUUUGUACUUGGCUUUUGAAGAAGAAAGAAGAUUUCUUCAAAGCCCUUUAGCAAUACAUAUGCUCGUACUCUCUGGGUUGUGGAGGAGUGUGUUCAAUUUCAAUCAUCUUAACACCGGUGAAAAAGCCUCUCUUGGUCUUUGGUCCUCGAGACUAGUGAUUUGGAAUUCCUCACUGAGUGUGCUCUUCACUCCUUGCGCAAAUUUCACCCCACUAAAUUUGUUGGUGAAACUUGGCGUCCACUCUUAGGGCAAAUCUUCUUUGGCAUUUCGGAGUCUUCGAACUCCUUCUAUCCCCAUAAUAGUUAUUGGGCAAAUCUCCUUUGGCAUUUGGAGUGUUUCUACUCCUUCUAUCGCUACCUUUGAUUCCCCUUCUGGGCAAAUCUUGGGCAAAUCUCCUUUGGCAUAUUAUCUCCGAUAGCGGAGGUAAUUUUAUCUAUUUAUAUAAAAAAACAAAUUAGAGGCAUCAUAGUUUUGUUCUUGAGCUAGGCCUCCAAUCCCUGUUUUAGCUAAUUGUUUGAAGUAUUCAUUCCGUCUGGAAGAGGUUGCCGGUUGGAACGAUAUCUUACAACUACAAAGUAACUCAAUCGGAGUUAGCAUUAUGGAUUCGUUGCAUAGCGACUUUGACAGUUUCAGUGAGAGCAGCAGUUCCGAGGAUCAGGAGGACAUUGAAUUUCUGUAUGGUCCACAGGCCUGCAACAUUUUCUCGUCGCUUGAGGAUUCCAUCCAAAAGAUAGACGAUCUUCUCAUGUUCGAGAGAGGAUUCAUGAAUGGCGAUGUGGUUUGCCUGGUUUCAGAUCCAUUAGGACAAAUGGGAAAGGUUGUCAAUGUGGACAUGACCGUGGAUUUGGAAAAUAUGUUUGGUACUAAAACACAAAACGUUGAUUCGAAGCAUCUUCAGAAAAUACAGUCAGUUUCUGUUGGGGACUGUGUGAUAUUCGGACCGUGGCUUGGGAAAGUGGAAAAGGUUGUCGACCGUGUUUCCAUCCUGUUUGAUGACGGGACGAAGUGUCAGUUAAAUGCCGAGGGUCCUGAGAGGAUCGUUGCUCUAUCUCAAGAUUUCACUGAAGAUCUGCCAUAUCCAUUUUAUCCCGGUCAAAGAGUUCGGGUUGAGUCAUCCGUUUCAAGAUCCACUCGCUGGUUGUGCAAUAUUAGAAAGGACAAACACGAGCAAGGCACCGUCUGCGAUGUGGAUGCAGGGCUCGUGUAUGUUGAUUGGCUUUGUUGUGCCGUUUCGAGUGUUAAGAAAGGACCUACUCCACCAUGUUUGCAGGAUGUGAAGAACUUAUCUGUGCUGCCUUGCGGUCAAACGAAUUGGCAGCUCGGUGAUUGGUGCGUUCUUCCGAUCGAGCAGAGCCUGCCAUGUUCAUAUGCAUCGGGGCUGCCCAAAGGUCGGAAACAAUCAGAAAUGUUUAUUAGUAGAGGGGACCCAAGUGCUAAUUUUCAAAACAUUGCUGUUAUCGUAAAGACAAAGACUAAAGUCGAUGUGCUUUGGCAGGACGGGAGCCAAUCGCUCGGAUUGGAUUCACGUCUGGUCUACCCUGUGAAUAUUGUCGACGAUCAUGACUUUUGGCCUGAUGCAUUUGUGUUGGAAAAGGGAACAGUGGAUGAUGACUCUCAAGUUCCCGGGUCCCAGAGAUGGGGAAUUGUAAGAAGUGUGGAUCCAAAGGAGCGAACUGUGAAGGUGAAAUGGUGCAAGUCGUCUCCGGAUCUACUUGACUCCGAGGAAGAACAAACAGAGGAGAUUGUGAGUGCUUAUGAGCUGGUUGAACACCCCGACUACUGCUACAGCUUGGGCGAGGUAGUUUUUAGGGCUGAGAAGGGCAUUCUCGAUUUCUCAGAUGGAGAUUGUCUGAACCAGACAGUGUCAAAUAUUCACACGGGAGAAAGAACUGAUUUGGAAGCCGUGGAAAACAGCAGAGAUCAGACUGUAUAUCACAACAAGAAGUUCCUAUCUCAUUUCGGGACUGUGGUGGGCCUCAAACACGAGGCUGUACAGGUGCAAUGGGCCACCGGUGUUGUAAGUAAGGUUGCACCAAAUGAGAUCUAUAGGGUCGAUAAAUGUGAAGGCACAACUGCUUCUGUGCUUGGUGACCAAACUGCUCAACCUCCAACUGAGGAACUUCCUUUGAAGAGCCAAUUGUCGGGCCAAAAGUCAAAGGAUGUCUUUGGUUUCAACGAUGACACUCCGAAAGACUCCAGCUCACAUUCCAUAUCUGAAGUUGCACUAGGGGUUCUGACACGUAUGACUACAAGCCUAUUUGGGACUCUGGGCACGUCUCUGUUUAGUGGAUAUAGAUGCUCAGAAGUUGAAGACGUUCCACAUGAGGAGGAAGCACUCGAACUUUGCAGUUUGAACCUCGUUGGCCAACUUCCGGUGGUGGAUAAUAUGGAAACACCUGAAAAGAUGACUUCACUGCAGAUCAAACAAGCUAACGACGAUAUUACUUUGCCCUCGGGCAGCAAGCAUUUGGGGUUAUUUAGGCAGUUUGACAUGGUUAAUGAUUGCUCGGACCACCACUUCAUCAACGAGUCCAGGAUGGACCUGCAGUCUCCCCAGUUGAAACGAGGCUGGUUAAAGAAGGUUCACCAAGAAUGGAGCAUUCUUGAAAAAGAUAUUCCUGAAACGAUCUAUGUGCGUGUCUAUGAGGAUCGAAUGCAAUUGCUCCGAGUUGCAAUUGUAGGCUCUGAUGGGACCCCAUAUCAUGACGGAUUGUUCUUCUUCGACAUCUAUCUUCCCCCGGAAUAUCCCAAUGUGCCACCGAUGGUUUACUAUAAUUCUGGUGGACUUCGCAUCAAUCCAAACCUUUAUGAAUCGGGAAAGGUCUGCCUCAGCCUCCUGAAUACAUGGACGGGAUCAGAAAGUGAAGUUUGGAAUCCGGGAUCCUCGACUAUCCUUCAACUGUUACUCUCUCUCCAGGCCCUCGUGCUCAAUGCUAAGCCUUAUUUUAAUGAGGCUGGAUACGACUCACAGGUGGGCAAAGCCGAGGGUGAGAAGAACUCAUUCAGCUACAACGAAAAUGCAUUUCUUGUCAGCUGCAGGUCGAUGAUGUUCCUACUACGCAGGCCUCCAAAGCAUUUUGAGGCCCUUGUGGACGAGCACUUCAGAAGCCGGUGCAAAAAUAUCUUACUGGCCUGUAAGGCAUACAUGCGAGGAGCUCCUAUAGGGAAUGCAUUCGAGUGUGGAAAAGCUGAAGAGGAAGUCGAGAGCGGAAGCUCAACUGGAUUCAAGAUAUUGCUCGCCAAGCUCUACUCUAGGCUUAUCGAGACCUUCUCUGACAAGGGCAUCGACUGCUCUGAUUUCUCGGACCAGGUUCCAUGAUAAUCUACCUGUAUUUAGAAAUAUGCUAUGCUGGUGUCUGAAAACUACUGGUUUGCUGUUCCAUUGUGGUGUUUGAUGAUGUGUGCUAUGUAUAUGCAUGUAGGGUGGGGGUGGGGUGGGGGUGGGGGGGUUGAAUAAGUUUCACUGAUUGUAAUAUAAUAUGGCUUGUAAUAUGUACUAAGUAUUGCUACAUUGUGAAAGUUAUGAAAUUGAAUUAAUAUAAUGAAAGCUAAAAUGAGAUAUUGACAAAAA